ACCGCUGCGAAGAGCGGACUCUGGCCAGCGGCGGACCGGGGCCGCGGGGCCGGGGCUGCGGGGCUGGGCAGCAGAGCGCCGGCCGACAGGGAAGAUGGUGGACCACUUGGCAAACACAGAGAUCAACAGCCAACGCAUUGCAGCAGUAGAAAGCUGCUUUGGGACUUCGGGGCAGCCGCUGGCCCUGCCAGGCCGGGUGCCUGGUGAGGGAGUGCUGACCAAGGAGUGUCGCAAAAAGCCAAGCCACGCAUCUUCUUCUCUCAAUGACAUCCUGGUGUAUGGCAGCAUUGUGCUCAACAAGCGAAGGUACUGCAGCCAGCAUAUCAUCCCACUAGAGGAGGUGACACUGGAGCCACUGCCCGAGACUCUGCAGGCCAAGAACCGCUGGAUGAUCAAGACAGCCAAGAAGUCCUUUGUGGUGUCAGCUGCCUCCACCACGGAACGCCAGGAGUGGAUCAGCCACAUCGAGGAGUGUGUGCGGCGACAGCUCUGCCACGGUCACCAGCCAACCACAGAGCACGCCGCGCCCUGGAUCCCUGACAAGGCGACAGACAUCUGCAUGCGUUGCACACAGACACGCUUCUCUGCGCUCACCAGGCGCCACCACUGUCGCAAGUGUGGCUUUGUGGUCUGCGCUGAGUGCUCCCGGGAGCGCUCCUGCUGCUCGCCUGUCACCGAAGCCCUGCGCGUCUGCAGCCUCUGCUGCGAGCUGGCCGCCCAGCAGUGCAAGGAGGAGGGGGAGCAGCAGGGAGGGGACUCCCCGGGGCAGCUGGCCCACCUGGGUGGGCCAGGUGGAACAUCCAGCUGUGACGAUGACGACUCCGAUGAGGAGGACGUCAGCUGGCCCAGUCGCGUGGAGUUCUACAUCGGGGUCUCCUGGUCAUCCUUCCAUAGCUGACGCUGAUCUGUGGAGCGUCUGUGUCUGAGCCAGCCAGGCUGCUACCCAGAGCCCAUGAGGAUGGGUCCUGAGCUGUUGAGAACCUCUGGACACUUGCCCUGUGAUGGGCACAGAGAGUACUCUCCCUCUGCAUUCCAGGGCCUUUUGGGGACAUCAUCACCCUUGGUUUGCUCUUGGAGCAAAUGCCAGUUCUCUGUGCCACAGGCUGAAGCAGCAGCUCCAAAGAGCCCCUUAAAGUGGACAGUGCAGGUACCGUGGGCAUGGAGGGAGCAGACAUGGCUCAGCGACACAGAGAAGACAGGACAAGACUGAGCACCACUCUGCCCCGAGGCCUGCAGGUUUCAUUCUUACCCCCAGGCAAGUGCACCCCAUGGAAAAGCACAGAUGGGUCCAGGGAAGACUCAAGGUCAAUGCACCCACCAUGCCUGCCACCCUCUGGUGGCCUCUGGGCCAUGCCAUGGAGCUCACCCAAGCCAGGCUAGAGGCUGACGUGCUGUGGGUGCCCACCAGGCCCAGAGACGGCAGCCUGCACUCCCACGGCUCAGCACAGCAUUUCGAGGACUUUCUAUCGCACCCUUCUCCAGGUAUCUGCCAUCAGCCCUCCCUGCCAGCAGGGAAUGCAAUGUUUUCUGUUAAGAUUCUUAGGUUUGAAAGACAAACCCUACCCAGGCUGAUGUCCUAAUA